AUGCUUCGCUUCCUGGGCACAACCUGUGCCUUCUUAGCCUGUAUUGUACUAGGCGCUAUUAUUUUCAACUUCAUUUUACUCAUGGAUGCGAUGGACUUGCCGCCCGUCCAUCCUAAAACUGAAGAAACCUGGAAUACCUGGGCUAAGGAGUUCCUGGAUCCUUUGAAAUUCAGUCAAUCUUCAGGUCGGGAACCAACACAUUAUGAAAUUCUUGAGAUUCCCAAUUGUUCGCCGGAUGAGGAUAUAAAGGCCUCGCGUCGUCAAUUAGCACGGAAGUAUCAUCCCGACAAGGUUGAGGGAGACAAGAAAGCACAAGUAGCCGAGAGGAUGGUCAAAAUUAACCAGUCUUUCGAUUUUCUCCUCCAUAACUCGAAUCGCUGCACCUAUGACUUCGACAUUGGUUGUGGAAUCAAACAUACUGAGGAAUGCCUGGCGAAAAGGGAACGAGAAUUUGAAGAGAAAGUCAAGAGCGCACGCGAACAGAGAGAGCAAGAGCGACAGAGCACAGGAGCAGAAUGGGGUAGGCAACGUAGAGAGAGAACUGCGACGAAAAAGGGACCUGGAAGCUCCGAAGAUACACGGAAUGAGGCGGAAGGAGGAAUGUCUUCCAAUUACUCAAAACCCUUCUUCCAACGGCUAGCAAGUUCUAUCCGUCGGCUUCUUCGAUUCUUAUUCAGGCUUUAG